UAGGAGCAUGCUGGCAUGCAACUUUGGUGCUAAGUCUGCACUCGUCGUCGUGGAUUAGCCCAGUGCACUAGACACGUGCGAAUCAGCUGCUCUGUUUGACUUGUGUGUUGAGUGCUGCUUUUCCGACGAUACCGUGUGUGGACAAUCGGAAAAUAAUUUGCAGUUCAGUGUUUCUCGUUGUUGGAUUCCUCCCUGCGGUGGUGCGCCUUCCCUACACCGGAGACCAGGUACAUUGCAGCUUAAAAGUCUGACUGAAUUACUGAGCGUAUGCGAAACAAACACGGCCGUGGAUGGUGUGGCUGAAUGAGAUGUCGAGGGCCGCGGAUGCUGUCGAAAUCUCCCAGCUGACAUGACUGCCGAGCAGAAUUAAUUGUCACGCGCUGACAAUGCUGACAGAAUCGGCCCAUUGAGAAACGCACCGAGAAACGAGUAACAGCGCGCGAGCAGACACCAACCGACAACGCCAUGGACAUCAGCGAGGCGCUGCGCAACGAGGACCUGUCCAAGGCCGACUUCUUCGACUUCGUCACCUGUCCCGAGCUGUCCGACAGCGGCCGGCUGAUACGCGGCUCACCGCAGGGCGCCAACGGCUUCGUCGACAGCCUGCAGGAGUUGAAGGAGACCAACAACAACCACCUGCCGUCGACCGACGGCUUCGAGCAGCUUCUGUGGAACAGCGCCGGACAGCCGGUCAACGGCGACCUCGUCAAGACGGAGCCGGUCAAGCUGACGCCCUACGAGGACUGGAACAAGCUGUGGGGCCACGCGGUGGUCACCACCGAGCCGGUCGGCUCCACCUCCGUGCCCAGGAAUAACAACAACAACAACAACAAUAACACGGACGGCGCCAUCUACACGCUCACCGUGCUAAACGGCGAGACCAACAACCAAAAUUGGUUCUCGCCCAAGCCAGAGGACCAGAUCCCGCAGCAGGAGAUCGAGAGUCUGCUCAACAUCAUGGCGCCGACCAACGGCUUCCGGGCCGACGCCUUGGACCUGGUCAACUCGCCGUCGGCGGCCACCACCUUCAACUACGCCGACGAGCCUCCGCCGCCUCCACCGACGGCCAUGCCGUGCACCAACAGUACGUCGUCCAACACGUCGACGACGACCACGUCGUCGGACCCGCUGCUCAACGAGUCGGACGAGAGCAUCCACAACUCGCUGCUGCGGAGCGCCCUGCAGGGCAAGGCGUCCUUCCUCUCCACGCGCUACAACAUCAGCAUCGAGCAGAGCUGCGACGACGUCUCCACCGAGAUGGGCCACACGAACGGCGUCGGCGGCGGCGGCGCGUCCGAGCUGGUGGUGCCCAGUCCGAUCGACUCGUCGCGGGCCGACUCGUCGCCGGGCGGCUCGCAGCACCUGUUCGCCGCGACGGGCGUGCUGCCGUCCAUGUUCGAUCACCAGAACCUCGACUCGGAGCCGUCGAGCAUGGACGAGCUGCUGCUGUCGCAGCUGGACGCCACCUACGACUACGAGAAGCUGCGGCGGAUCGAGGACGAGGUGGCCGAGUCGGUGCAGCAGUACUGCAGCCACGCGCCCGACGACUCCAUCUUCAAGCUGGCCGCCGAGAACGGCGUGCUGCAGCCCACGAACCAGGCGGUGGCGACGCCGCCCGCCAAAGUCAAGAAGUACUCCAAGCGCAGCAAGGCAUCGGCUGCCGACAAGGCCAACAACGCCGCCAACGCCAUCAACAACGGCGGCGUGCGUAAGGAACGAUCUCUCCACUACUGCACCAUCUGCAGCAAGGGCUUCAAGGACAAGUACUCGGUCAACGUGCACAUCCGCACGCACACGGGCGAGAAGCCGUUCGCCUGCACCAUCUGCGGAAAGAGUUUCAGGCAGAAGGCGCACCUUGCCAAGCACUACCAGACGCACACUCAGAAGACUUUGAGUAAUAGCCCGAACCACAAGUCCUCCAAGAGAUAGUGAUGUGAUCGUGGACAUAAUUUUUUUGCUAGCCACCCGAAAAAGACACACCGUAAUAUUUUUUUGUACAGUGAACCCGCGAAUACUGGACCUGAUGGAGCUGGAAUUCUUGCCUGCAUUGAUUGACUUUUACGGAAUUGAAGAGAGAGCGAGGACUUAAAAAAGUGACUCAUAAUUAAGCAAGGAGUGGUGCAGAAAUCCUGUGUGUAAAAUUAAGCAACAAUUGGCUUAGCCAAUGACCUUGUUGGUUUUUUCUUUUAUGAAAAUCGGUAAUAAUUGUAAUUUAUUUGUACAUGUGAAUGAUUUUUCAAAGCUACGCGAUCUUCAGACCCGCUGCUAUAUUUGCCAUAUACGAAUAAUGAUUGCACACAUCACUGUUACGGACGUUACGCUGAUUUUGAACACAACUCUGGACUGAGGAAAACAAAUAAAAGAAAGAAUAAUCAAAGUCCUUUUUUUGUAAAGUAAAGUAAACGCACGCAUGCAUCAUCGCUCGUCCAUGCAAUGGAACAGAGAUGUAAAUAGCUGUAAAUGUAUAUGAAAGAUUAUUUAAAUUCACUGUACUUUAGUGUAAAAAGAGUGUUACAUUUUUCGGAUUUUAUUGCCUGUUUUUAAAUGAUUUGAGGUUGUUCCUAAAUCAAUAGUUUUGUUUUCACUAUGAAUGGAAAGUGCAACAAAUAAGCAGCUGCUGUGAUUAAGAAAUGACCCUCCUAAAUUAUGAAAAUUCGCGAAGUUUAACAAAUAAAAAUGUUCCCGUUCAUGUUUAAAACAAUUUAUGCCUGCAUCGUACUCAAAAUAAAAUGAGGCAUCACGUGUUUGUUUUUUAUUCCAUUUAAUGCGUAGCGUAAAUCGAUGAAGGUGUGGCUGUGGAUUUAUAAAAAUGUUAUCUUUAUACGAAUUUUGCGAUCUCAAAAGAACAAGCAAGCCGAGAUGAAACUGUUCGAAAUUGCUGCUUUGUUGUUUGUCCACCACUGAAUGACGAAAACGCUACUUUCGGAUGAGAGCUGUGCACGGCAGUCUCAAAGAAACGAAAAAAAAGAAUACUCUCUCCAAUUAGGAUUUUUGAAAUUCUAAUUUUACUCAAUGGUACUUGACGAUUGUGCAAGAUUGCUUGAAUGAUAACAUAAAUGUGUACUAUUUUGUAGGCUGCGUCACAGAGGGCCGACCUUACUUUUAACGUUAAUUAAACCACAAGUGCCAAACUACUGGAUGCAUCACUAAUCAUGACAUCUCGAUCAAGCGCACUUAAAAAAUUUUGAUUCCUCUACGACCUUUGAGUACAAAGGACAGUUUUAAUCGAUUGUAUUUUGUGCUAGACAUGCCCACCAGCAAUACUCGCCUCCGAGCGAACAAAUUUUAAGACAGCAGAACAUACCUUCAACAUUUUUAUACCUUUCAUAAAAAAACCAUGCAAUAGAUUUUAAAUAAAUAUAUGUAUUAACUUCCGCCAAUAAAGCAUGACAAUUAAUUAGCCGGAAAUUUGUUGUAGUCUAGACUGAGUAUCUGUAGCUGAAGAGAUUGGAGCUUGACACCCGAUUAAAUAAUUUUAAUGACUUUAAUAACCUUUAUUACUUUUUUAUAUAUUUUCCAGCUUAUAGAAGUUAUAUUAUUUCUAUGUAUUUUGUUUGUCAAUUGAGAUAUGCAAGGUGUAUCUUUAAAUAAUAAAACUGAAUCAAAUGGUUCAAAAAACAA